AUGUCUUGGUUCUCGGGGGUUCUAGGCGGGCAUGAUCUGAUUUGGAGAACUCUAAUCACCAAUCCAAGCCACGCCGCUUUUGUUUCCUUAGCCUCCAACACCUCCCAAAUCCACCUUGCCCGCUCGCUUGCCAUGUCUACCACUGAAGUUCCUCUCGUGCCACCAUAUCAUUUUGGGAAGUCCAUCGUUCCCCCAGACUGGACGACAUGUCCUGGGAGCCCUAGCUUUGAAUACGAGUGGGAUGGCGUCGAUUCAGCGGGUCAAAAGAUUGCUCGAGGCUAUGGUCUUACUCCGGGUCGACCAAUAUUAGACAAUAACGAUGCCUCCACAAUAAUUUUUCAAUCUGGUGAUAAACUCUACAUCUGGGAUGUGCUUUAUCAUGAUGUGUAUGAAAUAGCAUCUCAGGACAUCAAUGAAGUCGCUCGUGUUCUGUCGCAGGAAGGAGGCUACAAAAAGCUACAUAAACGGCUUCUUGAUCCAGUUGAAGAUAUUGCUGUCUGA